AUGGAAGAGGAGAAACUAAACUGCAUACAAGAGGCACCAGCUCCAGUGACCAAGCAGCAAGUCAGAUCCUUCCUGGGGUUAGCAGGAUGCUAUAGGAAGUUUAUCGAGAACUAUGCUGAAGUCACUUCAGCACUAAUGGACCUGACUAAGCAACCUCCUUUUGUGAUGAAACAACAAUUUAAGAAUGGAACAAUAAAAUUUUAUGGAUAUGCUAUCGACCUUCUAAACUUGAUUCAAGAGGACUUACAUUUUGAAUACAAUCUCAAAGAAUGUGUUGAUUGUGACUUUGGAAGGAAAUCGCAAGAUGGAGGGCUAAAAGGAAAUUGGAGUGGACUUAUAGGAGCACUUGAAAACGAUAGAGCGCAUAUCGCCGCAGGAGCAAUCCCAGUAACGAGAGAACGACUGGAAGUGGUUGAUUUUACAGUGCCUAUCUAUGACAUGGUUGGUUAUCAAAUACUGAUGAAACUACCGAAAGUUCCAAAUUCUAUGUUUAAAUUUUUGUCUGUUCUUGACGUACAAGUAUGGAUUCUUAUUAUCUGCUGUUACGUAUUUUCUUGUCUACUCCUAUUUGUGUACCACCUGAUCAGUCCCUUUAGCUAUCGGAAUAACAAGCAAAAGUAUGGAGCAGACAGAGAGAGGAGAGAUUUCAACAUCAAGGAGUGCAUGUGGUUUUGUAUGACCUCACUCACUCCCCAAGGAGGCGGAGAAGCUCCACGUAACAUUUCUGGAAAACUUGUGGCCGCCACCUGGUGGGCGUUUGGUUUCAUUGCUAUCGUAUCGUUCACUGCCAAUCUCGCAGCCUCAAUGACAGUUUCUCGAAUGGAGAACACCAUUUCCUCACUCGAUGAUUUGGUGAAUCAACACAAGGUGAAAUACGCACCGGAAGCAGACAGUGAUGCAAUGAUUUACUUUGAACGUAUGGCCUACAUUGAAGAGAUAUUUUAUGAGUACUGGAAAGCUAUGACUAUCGAACCUACGAAGUUUGGGAAUAAAGUCACAACCCAGACUAAACUGUCAGUGUUCGACUAUCCGUUAGGGAAUAAGUACACUAAACUUCUGGCGAACAUACGCAAAACAGCAGUUCCUCAUUCUUUUGAAGACGGUAUAAAAAGUGUCUUGAAUCUUGAUAAUUCUCAGCCUAAUGGGUUUGCUUUCAUAGCUGACGCCAUACAGGUUAAAUAUGCCACGAUGAAAGAUUGCGAUUUAAUUGCUGUUGGAAAUGAGUUCAGUCGGAAACCUGUAGCUUUUGCUGUUCAGAAAGGUUCACCUCUUAAAGACCAACUGUCGACUGCGCUCUUGAAGCUUCUUAACGAACGUUCUCUGGAAAAACUCAAUGAAAUCUGGUGGGAUAAAAACCCUGAAAAAGUUAGCUGCAGUAGUAGCGAAGCACAAGUUGAUGGAAUUGAUAUAAGCAACGUUGGUGGUGUUUUCAUUAUUAUUGGAACAGGAGUGGUUGUUGCUAUUAUCAUAGUCACAGUAGAGUUCUGUUACUAUAAUAAAUACAAUCCCAGAAAGGACGCUAAGAAGAAGUUAGGCCAGCGACCUUAA